AAAAAAAGCUCAGUUCCUUUUAAAACCUUUUCCUUGUAAAAAAAAAAUUCGAUAUGAUUAUUUCUAGUUAUUUGAGAAUUUCUGACCUGUUGCGUAAAAAUGAUGUUAGUACAGUCAAAGGAAAAGGUAAAGGAAAGGCCGUUGUAGUUGAUCUUGCAACGAAUUUAUUAGAGUAUGCAAAUAAAGUACAAGAAGAAUGGGAGGCAAAAUUGUCGAAAUUCAAAGAAAGUCUUCAAGAAAGUCAAAGCGUUCAAAAUGAUUUUCGAGAUGAAUUAUUGGAAAAUGAAUAUGGGUCUGAUCUUACAUAUAAUAGCCUUCCGACCAUGUAUUUCUAUGGAGACUUUUCAGAAAAUGAUUCUUACAUUUAUGAAGACGGUAUUCAAGAUGCUUACAUGGAUGAUCAAUUUGCCUUCGACUAUAUAAGUAAUAAUGAUUCGUAUGGCAAAGAAUGGUUAUUAAGGCAGUGUCGGUUACAUAUUGAAUCAUUCGGUGAUGCAGAUGGAGCCAUAAUACCCGAAAAAUUAUGUAUAAAUAUUUUUACAAUUUUAAGAUCUGAAAGUGACGAUGACGAUAUUCAAAUUGAACUAGUCGAUCUUCUCGGUUUCGAUAAUUUAAAUUUUGUUACUACACUUGUAACUAAACGGUUUACAAUUGUUGAAAAUAUAAGUAGAGAAUCACAUUAUCAAAAAAUACCACCAGAUCAGCAGGAAAAUUUUCCUGCACAGCAACUACCUAAUAAAACUGAAUCUAAACGUCCUAUAUUUGGUUCUCAAUAUACUAUUCAAUCAGAAGAUGAUCUCAAAGAAAAAAAACGUUUACGGAAAGAACAAAAAAAGGCAGCGAAACAUAAAAAAGAAUCAGAGGAUGAGGAGUCAAUUUCGGCAAAUAUUCUGGGAUUUCGCGGUGAUGUAUUACGCUCUGUUAGAGAGCAACAAUUACGUUCUGCCAGAGACAUUCCACUUCGCCCUCAAAGUUUUACUCCAUCCAAGAAUUUUAAACAUGUCUUUGGAAACACAGAAACGGGUAGCAUACUUUCUGUAUUUGGGUCCACAUAUUCUCUGCCAGUUGGUACUAAACGUAAAGAUUAUGAUCUUCACGAAGAAAUUAUUGUUCCAAUCACAAAACGAGCUCCACAGAUGAAAGAUGAACAAUUAAUUCAUUUGAGUGAUAUGGAUACUCUUUGCAGGGGCUCAUUUGAGGGUUAUAGAUCACUGAAUCGUGUACAAUCACUUGUUUAUCCCAUUGCAUACAAAAAAAAUAUAAAUUUGUUAAUCUGUGCACCUACUGGAGCUGGUAAAACAGAUAUAGCUAUGCUUACAAUAUUACAUACUAUAAGAGAUUACUGUUAUCCUGAGCCUUUAUCUACACAAGAACCUCAAGAAUUUACUAUUGAAAAAAGUGAAUUUAAAAUUAUAUAUAUUGCUCCUAUGAAGGCUAUUGCGGCUGAAGUUGUAAAAAAGCUUGGCAAUCGAUUAGCAUGGCUCGGUAUUCAAGUUAGAGAACUUACAGGGGACAUGCAAUUGACUAAGGGUGAAAUUUCAAGUACACAAAUAAUUGUUACAACUCCAGAAAAAUGGGAUGUAAUUACAAGAAAAAGCACUGGAGAUGUCGAACUUUCUCAAAAAGUGAAACUUCUUAUUAUUGAUGAAGUUCAUUUAUUACAUGAUGACCGAGGCGCUGUUCUUGAAAGUUUAGUAGCACGUACUCAUCGCCAGAUUGAAUCAAGUCAAAAAAUGAUCCGUAUCGUUGGUCUUUCUGCUACAUUACCAAAUUAUAUUGAUGUAGCUCAAUUUUUAGGAGUUGAUCUAAAAAAUGGUGCAGAGGGAUUAUUUUAUUUUGGUGGGGGGUUUAGACCGGUACCUUUAGAACAACAUUUUAUUGGCGUCAAAGGUAGUUUCGGUACUGUUUCUAAUAAUAAUCUCAAUCGGGUUUGCUGGGAUAAAGUCUCGGAUCUUGUUAGGGAAGGCCAUCAAGUGAUGGUUUUUGUUCAUUCACGUAAAGACACCGUUAAAACUGCAAGAACACUAAGCGAGUUCGCUGUCAAAGAAGGAUGUUCAGAUAUUUUUGAUAGUUCUACUCAUGAACGGUUUGGGUUAAUCAAACAAGAAGUAUCUAAAUCAAGAAAUAAAGAAUUAAUAGAAUUGUUUGCACAAGGUUUCGGUAUCCAUCAUGCUGGCAUGUUAAGAUCAGAUCGAACAAUGACAGAACGACUGUUUUCUGAAGGAUUCAUAAAGGUCUUAUGUUGUACAGCAACGUUAGCUUGGGGUGUUAAUUUACCUGCUUAUGCAGUUGUAAUUAAGGGAACACGAGUUUAUGAUACCCAAAAGGGUAAUUUUGUUGAUUUAUCAAUUUUAGAUGUUAUGCAGAUUUUUGGUAGAGCAGGUCGUCCACAGUAUGAAUCAUACGGGAUUGGUUAUAUUUUAACAACACUUGAUAAAUUACCACAUUAUGUCUCCGCGAUGACACAACAACAUCCAAUUGAAUCAAAAUUCGUAAGUAGUAUGGUCGACAAUUUAAAUGCAGAGAUUUCGCUUGGCACGGUAACAAAUGUUGAUGAAGGAGUUCGAUGGCUUGGUUAUACGUAUUUAUUUGUACGUAUGAAAAAGAAUCCGCUCGUAUAUGGAAUGGACCACUCGCAGCCAAUAGAGGAUCCAGAGCUAGGAAAACGACGACGAGAACUUAUAGUAGAUGCUGCAAACGCACUUCAUAAAAAUAAAAUGAUUGAGUUGGAAAAAGAGACUGAUUAUUUUGCUAUUACUGAUAUGGGUCGUAUCGCUUCAAAUUAUUAUAUAAGAUAUAAGAGUAUAGAAAUUUUUGAUCGUCAAUUGAAAGAACGUAUGACUGAAGCUGAUGUUCUAUCAAUGAUAAGUGAAAGUAGUGAAUUCGAAGAUUUGAAAUCAAGAGAAGAAGAGAUUAAAGAACUAGAAGAUCUUAAGAAGAAUGCUUGUUCUUGUCAGAUUAAGCAAACUAUUGAUUCAACUCCAGGAAAAGUUAAUAUAUUAUUACAAUCAUAUUUGUCGAAUGCUACUAUUAAGGAUUUUGCUUUAGUAUCUGAUUCGGCAUAUGUAAUUCAAAAUGCAAGUCGCAUAAUUAGAGCUUUAUUUGAAAUUGCAGUGAAUCGUAAUUGGGCCCAAGUGACGGUUAUUCUAUUGACUUUUUGCAAAUGUAUUGACAAAAAAAUGUGGAUGUAUGAGACACCUUUGGCUCAAUUUAAUUUGCCCCGAGAGAUUAAAAUGAAACUUCAAUCUAAUUCAUAUACUCCUUUAAUAGAGGAAAUGAGAGAUAUGCCCCCAGCUGAACUUGGACAAUUGGUUCGAAACAAUCGUAUGGGUAGUAUCAUUUCCAAAUGCGUAGAUAUGUUUCCAAUGCUUAUAUUGGAGGCUCAAAUUGCGCCUAUUACACGUAACAUUUUACGUGUAACUCUAAUUAUUACUCCUGAUUUCGUUUGGAAUGAUCGUAUUCAUGGUACUGUAGAGCCAUGGUGGAUAUUUGUUGAAGAUUCUGAAAAUGUUGAAUUAUAUCAUUCAGAAUAUUUUAUACUAAAUAAAAAGCAACUUGGCGAAACCCAAAAACUUGGUUUCACAAUUCCAGUACAAGAACCUUUACCUCCCCAAUUAUAUAUUCGUGUCAUUUCAGAUAGGUGGAUAGGAGCUGAGUCAACUCUUCCUAUUUCUUUAAAUAAUAUAGUUUUGCCUAAACAUUAUCACCAACAUACAGAAUUGAAGAAAUUACCACCAUUACCUAUAACUCAUCUUAAAGAUAAAACACUUGAAGAAAUAUGCGCUAAAAGAUUUUCUCAUUUUAAUCCUGUACAAACUCAAGUAUUUGAGACGCUUUAUAAUUCUUCAACAAAUGUAUUGAUUGGAGCACCUACAGGAUCGGGAAAAACAGUUACUGCAGAGCUAGCUAUGUGGUGGGCAUUUCGUGAAUACCCACGUUCUAAGGUAGUUUAUAUCGCUCCAUUAAAAGCCUUAGUUCGCGAACGUGUAGAUGAUUGGCAAGCUAGAUUAACUGGUCCAAUGAAAAGAAGACUUGUCGAGUUAACAGGAGAUGUUACCCCAGACUUACAUUCUAUUAAAAAUUCUGACAUUAUUAUUACAACGCCUGAAAAAUGGGAUGGUAUUAGCCGUAGUUGGCAACAUAGAAGUUAUGUGCAAGAUGUAUCACUUGUGAUUAUCGAUGAAAUCCAUUUACUUGGCGGAGAUAGAGGACCUACAUUAGAAGUCAUAGUAUCACGUAUGAAUUACAUUGGUUCUCAAACUAAAAAGAAAGUUCGUAUUGUUGGAUUAUCAACAGCUUUAGCAAAUGCUCAAGAUUUAGCUGACUGGCUGGGUAUUGAUAAGGAUGGACUGUUCAACUUUAGCCAUACAGUACGCCCUGUUCCAUUGGAAAUUCACAUUGAAGGAUUUUCCGGAAGGCACUAUUGCCCUCGUAUGGCUACUAUGAAUAAACCAGCUUUUAAUAGUAUUAUGAGGCAUUCUCCUCAAAAACCUGUAAUUGUAUUUGUUUCAUCGAGACGUCAAACGCGUUUGACAGCUCAGGACUUAAUUGCUUAUUGUUGUUUGACUGAGAAUCCUUAUCAUUUUUUGCGAAUGCCUGAAGAAGAAUUACAAAUGAUUCUAUCUCGAAUUAAGGAUAAUAGUAUGAAAAAUACACUCACUUUCGGCAUUGGAUUGCAUCAUGCUGGUUUAACUGAAGGUGAUAGGAAAAUUGUGGAGGAAUUAUUUUUAAAUCAAAAAAUUCAGAUUUUGGUCGCGACUAGUACCUUAGCUUGGGGCGUAAAUUUACCUGCUCAUUUGGUGAUAAUCAAAGGAACGGAAUUUUAUGAUGCUAAGUCUGGAGGAUAUGUGGAUUUUCCUAUUACUGAUGUACUUCAAAUGAUGGGUAGAGCUGGUCGCCCACAAUUCGAUAAUAGUGGUGUUGCUUGCAUAUUUAUACAAGAUUCAAAAAAGAACUUUUAUAAAAAAUUCUUGUAUGAACCUUUUCCGGUAGAAUCCAGUCUACAUUUGCAACUUGAAAACCAUUUUAAUGCUGAAAUAGUUGCUGCUACCAUAAAGUCUGAAGAAGAGGCCGUGCAAUAUCUUAAAUAUACUUACUUGUAUCGUAGAUUACAACAAAACCCAACUUAUUAUGAUUACGAAUUGGAAGCAGCUACGAAUAAAGCUAUUGACGACUAUUUGAUCAAAUUGUUUAAAAAAUCUAUGUCUGAACUGAAUCUUUCUGGUUGUAUUAAAAUAGACAAAAUGGAUGACGAAUUUAAUGUAGAAUCAACGUCCUUUGGCAAGAUCGCUUCAUAUUAUUAUCUCUCACACAAAACUAUCCGACUCUUCCUAGAUCGCGUCCAAAUUAAAUCCACUAUUCGAGAUAUUUUAGGCAUUUUAUGUGAUUCGGAUGAAUAUUCUGAACUUCCGGUUCGACACAAUGAGGAUCUUUUAAAUCGUGAUUUAGAAAAAGAACUUCCGUGGUCCGUCCAACCCCAUCAACCAUAUGAUAAUCCACAUGCAAAAGCCUUCCUGCUUUUGCAAGCUCAUCUCACAAGGACUAAUUUGCCAAUAUCUGACUAUGUAACGGAUACAUUUUCUGUUUUAGAUCAGGCAAUUCGUAUAUUACAGGCGAUGAUUGAUACUAUUGUUGAAAAAAGUAUGUUAACACCAUGUCUUCAUGUUAUGUCAUUAUUGCAAUGUAUCAAACAAUCCCGCUGGCCUGAAGAUUCAUCAUUGUUAAUUCUUCCCGGAAUUGAAAAUCAUAUGAUUGAUUCAAUUACUCAUGAGGGACAUGUUGUCACGUGUUUGGGUGAAUUAUUGGAUCUAUCAGAAGAAGAAUGUUCUAAUAUUUUCAAAAACGUUACUGGACUUUCCGAACCUGAAAUUCAAAAGAUAUGUAAAGUUAUCAACAAUAUUCCUUUGAUCGAUGUUGAUUGUCGUAUUGAUAUGACUAAUGAUUCAAUAGCUCCCAAGGAGGAACGUACUCUAAUAGUAUCUUUGGAGAGAGCAAAGAAAGUAUCUGGAUAUGAUGGUAAAAUUUAUGCACCUAAAUUUUCUAAACCACAAUAUGAGUCGUGGUGGUUGAUAUUAGGAAAUAGUUCAUCUGAUAGUAUAAUUGAUUUUAAAAGAGUUAAUAUGCGUAAUGGACAAUUUGGAGAAUUUUCUAAUAAGCAUACAGUCAAAUUGAAGUUAAUUGCGCCGGAAAAAGAAGGGAAAUAUCAAUAUACGAUAUUCUUAGUUAGCGAUGGGUAUUUGGGAAUUGAUCAACAGUAUAAUAUAGAAUUUAACGUUAAAGUGAAACAAAUCCAAAAUUAAUAAUAUCGGACUAUUUAAUGCAAAUUAAUGCAAAUUAAUCAAACCAUAUGUAUUUUGUAUAUAUAAUACACGUUUAAUUUGUUUUAUUUAUAUAAAAAAUGAAAACAAAUCAAAAAUAAAAGAAACCCC